AAUUUUUACAAAAUGGAAGGAAGCUCCUAAAAUUUGCUUUUAUUGUGACAAAGAAGGUUAUAUUAAAAGAGACUAUAAGGAGCUAAAAGCCUCAAUAGAAACAAGAAGGCUUCUAAGAGAGGCCAAAGAACAAAGAGAGAAUGCUAAGUCUAUAGCCUCCAAUUCUCCAAAAAUCGCUUUUAGUCAAGACAACCCAUAUAUCAAUCAAGAAACUUUA